AUGGGUUUGAGCAGCCCAUGGGGAGUUGAUGAUGAUGACGCUGACGAUGAUGGUAACAAUGCUAGUGGUGGUGACGGUGAUGACGACAGUGUUGGUAGGUGA